AUAAGACCUCUUCUUCCCCUAUUCUUCACUUUCCCCUCUUUGUCAAACACACUGCAAAACUCCAAAACCAAAACUCUCCCAAAUACCCACCACCCUUUCUCCUCCCCCUCUCCACCACCACCACCGCCACCGCAAAAAUGGGGAAAGGCGCCGCCUUGUCAAACGGAUUAUUGAAAAAGAUCGUUCUUUCCUACACCUAUGUAGCAAUCUGGAUCUUCCUUUCCUUCACUGUCAUUGUGUACAACAAAUACAUUCUUGACCGUAAGCUCUACGGCUGGCCAUUUCCCAUUUCUCUAACAAUGAUCCACAUGACCUUUUGCUCUUCCUUAGCUUUCCUUCUCGUGCGUGUCUUCAAAGUUGUUGAACCUGUUUCCUUAUCUCGUAAUGUUUAUCUCACUUGCAUACUUCCUAUUGGUGCACUUUACUCUGUUUCCCUUUGGCUUUCAAACUCUGCUUAUAUUUACCUCUCUGUUUCCUUUAUUCAAAUGUUGAAAGCCCUUAUGCCUGUUGCUGUUUAUACUAUCGGGAUCUUGUUCAAAAAAGACACUUUCAAGAAUUCUACUAUGGGUAACAUGAUGGCUAUUUCUGUCGGUGUUGCUAUUGCUGCUUAUGGUGAAGCAAAGUAUGAUUCUUGGGGUGUUUUACUUCAGUUGCUUGCUGUUUUGUUUGAAGCAACUAGGCUUGUUAUGAUCCAGAUCUUGUUGACUUCAAAGGGUAUUAGUUUAAAUCCAAUUACUUCUUUGUACUAUGUUGCUCCUAGCUGUUUGGUUUUCUUGUCAAUCCCUUGGAUCUUUGUUGAGCUUCCAGUUUUGAGAGAGAGCUCGAGUUUUCAGUUUGAUUUUGCUAUUUUUGGGACUAAUUCACUGUGUGCGUUCGCUUUGAACUUGGCUGUGUUUCUUUUGGUUGGAAAGACUUCAGCUUUGACUAUGAAUGUUGCUGGGGUUGUUAAAGAUUGGCUACUUAUUGCAUUUUCUUGGUCGGUGAUUAAGGAUACUGUGACUCCAGUGAAUUUGAUUGGUUAUGGAUUGGCAUUCUUAGGAGUUGCAUACUAUAAUCAUCAGAAGUUACAGGCAUUGAAGGCAAAAGAGGCACAGAAGAAAACUCAGCAAGCAGAUGAAGAAGCUGGGAGAUUGUUGACUGAGAGAGAAUCUAAUGGAUCAGCUGAUGGAAAGAAGGGUGAUUCACAGGCUUAAGUUGAAUCUAAUUGACAAAAGGGUAUCAAAAUAAACCUUAUGAAAUUGGCUGGAAAGUAUAAGAUUUGGGGUUUUUCCUCAAGUUGACUUGUGCUUUUGGUAUGGAUUUGGGGUUUUGAGUAUGUAGGUUGGAUGAUCUGUUACUGUUCUUUGAUAGAUCAGUUUCAUUUCAUAUGUAGGCUUAUUUGGGAUAUCCACAUUUCUUUGUUUACACUGCAGAUUCAAUUCUUGUAUCUUAUUAGUUGAGUUAAGAUCUGAGAUACCCUUAUAGCUGUUUUGAUAUUAUGAGUACUAUUUUUACUUUUUCUUCCUCU